AUGGCGGAUGGCGAAGGAAAAUAUUUGGAAUGCCGGAAGACUAUGGAUGGGAAGGAGAAUAGUGUCAUUAGUGCCAGCAAGGCCACUAUUAUCCCGUCUUGUUGCUUGAAAGCUAAGGCAUCCGAUCCAGAGGCUGAUGCCAGGUGUCAUAAAACGGUUGUUUCUGGAUGGUUCUCAGAGCCCAAUUCAUCAUCGGGCGAAACUCUUAAGCAAGUGUAUUUCAACAACCCGAUGUGGCCAGAUUCUUGUAUGAUGAGCUUGUCACUCGUUUUAGGAGAAGCACAUUCUUUGAAAGUGGAAAAAGUUUUAUUUCAAGAGAGAUCGAAGUAUCAGGAGGUUCUGGUUUUUCAGGUUUUGGUUGUCGGUGGGGGUGAUGGUGGAGUUCUUAGAGAAAUUGCCCGACACAGCUCUGUGAAGUCGAUUGAUAUAUGUGAAAUAGACGAAAUGGUCAUAGAUGUUAGCAAGAAAUUUUUUCCGGAGUUAGCUCUCGGUUUCGAUGAUCCUCGUGUGCACCUUCAUGUUGGCGAUGCUGUCGAAUUUCUGAGGCGUACGCCCGAAGGAAAGUAUGAUGCAAUUAUUGUUGAUUCAUCCGACCCUGUGGGUCCAGCACAAGAGCUCGUCGAGAAGCCAUUUUUCGAGACCAUAGCUCGAGCAUUAAGACCCGGUGGCGUCCUCUGUAAUAUGGCAGAGAGUAUGUGGCUUCAUACACAUCUUAUUCAGGACAUGGUUUCGAUAUGCCGCGAGAUAUUUAAGGGUUCUGUUCGCUACGCGUGGACAAGUGUCCCCACAUAUCCAAGUGGAGUUAUAGGAUUCGUUUUAUGCUCUACCGAGGGACCUCACGUGGAUUUCGUGCACCCUAUCAACCCCAUAGAGAAGAUGGAGGAUGCACUUGCGUAUAGAAGGGAACUUAAGUUUUACAAUUCCGAGAUGCAUAGGGCUGCCUUCUCGUUGCCAUCUUUUUUGAAGAAAGAGGUUGAAGCACUACGGAAUCAUAAUCUAGAUAUGACGAUAGGAGCUUUGUCAGUUUGCUCUAUAACUCCACAGACCUCAAUAUUGGAUCAUGCGAGGUUCCCUGAUUUCAUACAUGGAAAUCCCAGCUUUCUUCAAUGUAAAUCUGGCAAUGAAUUUCCAUCUUGUAAGAACCAGGUAUUUCUAUUUCAAAACCGGGUAAAACUCGCAACAAGGAUUGCUGCACGCAGUUUACCACCCGAACGUGAUAAUGCCCAAAUAGGGUGCUCACCUCAUCUUACAGAUGGUCAAGCUUUUGUGGGCCCUGAGGAUGAUGAAAAUUCGAGGGAGCAAAGGAAAGAGACAGCUGUCUUGAUUCAAUCAGAUGCUGAUUUCCAACCAAAUGCUGCAAAAAACGGAAAUCGAGAGAGUGUUCUGGAUAAGCUGAAGGCCUUUCAUCUGCACAUUCUAGCAAUGGAACAGUGGAAUUCGUCGAGGCUUAAAACGUGUCACCAGAACUACUCUGCAAGUUCGACAAAUCUGUUGCACUACUUGUCGCUAAAAAGCCUGGACACACAACAGAUAAACGAAGAGCUUUCUGCAGCCGGGCUUUUGAAUCUUGAUACAAUUCAUACACACGUUUUCUCAAGUCUCUCCGCAUGCAUCCAAACGCUACUCAGCUCGAGAUCAGAUUCCCUUCACAGAUUAACCAUUCCCAGCAAAGACCAUCCAAUUCACGAAGUCCUCGACACUGAAAAAUCGGAUCUUGGAAUGACUUCAAUGAUUAAAAGGGCAUCUUCUAAUCGCGAUCGGCUCAUGGGGAAACUUCAAGGUCAGAAAAAGUCGCAUAUCAUGGUAACAAUCGGCCAAGAGGUCGUGGAAAACGACGUGCAGGUAGCUGACCUCAUCAAUUCAGGCACCACAAUUUUCCGUAUCAACUGCGCGCAUGGAAAUCCUGAAAUAUGGAGCAAGAUGAUAAGCACGGUGAGAAAAUCCGCUGGCCUUCUCGAAAAACCAUGCCGAGUACUCAUGGACUUAGCCGGGCCCAAGCUCCGUACAGGAAGAUUUAAGGAAGGCCCGUGUGUGGUGAAAGUCAGCCCAAAGAGGGGCCCAUAUGGCAAUACGGCUCGCGGGGCCCACGUCUGGCUGGCCCAUCAAGGGUCGGGCCCACCGCCAGCUCACCUCUCCCCUGACGUCAUUCUGCACGUCGACGGCCCGAAAUUUCUCGACGAGCUAGAGAUUGAUGAUACCGUGAGAUUCUCCGAUGCCCGUGGAAAACGGAGGAGCCUCACGAUCUCGAGCAAAUAUCCGAUUUUUUCCGGCACCGGAUUUAUGGCCAAGUGCUUCGACACUUCGUAUAUCGAGUCCGGCACAGUACUUCGCGUAAAAAAAAAGAAAGGGAAAAAAAAUAAAAAAUCGCGGGUCGGGUUCGUGGUCGAUAUUCCCCCCGCCGAGCAAUUCGUCAGACUGAGAGCUGGCGAUUUGCUGACAAUAUCUCGAGACAGUUCAGACGAGCACCGAGUCACCUGCCCGUCCGGUUACCUGUUCGACUCGGUCAAACCGGGUGACCCCAUAGCCUUCGACGAUGGCAAAAUAUGGGGGGUUGUGAAAGGGACGAGCUUUUCGGAAGUUGUGGUGACCGUAACUCACGCGGGCCCGAGAGGCACGAAGCUCGGCUCGGAAAAAUCGAUAAACAUUCCCGAGAGCGAGAUUCGGUAUGAGGGGCUCACGUCGAAAGAUCUCGUGGAUCUCGAUUUUGUGGCCGCUAAUGCUGACAUGGUCGGCGUCUCGUUUAUCCGGGAUGUUGGCGACAUUGUCGUCUUGCGGCGUGAGCUCGAGAAGAGGAAGGUUUCGAAUUUGGGGGUUGUGUUGAAAAUCGAGACUCGAGGUGGGUUCGAGAAGCUUCCGCUGUUGGUUCUUGAGGCGAUGAAGAUGGGGAACCCGCUAGGGGUGAUGAUCGCGAGAGGCGAUCUAGCGGUGGAGUGCGCGUGGGAGAAGCUUGCAGAUAUUCAAGAUGAGAUUAUUUCGAUUUGUAAGGCUGCGCAUGUGCCGGUUAUUCUUGCCACUCAGGUUUUGGAGUCGUUGGUGAAGACGGGCGUGCCGAGUCGAGCAGAAAUUGUAGAUGCGGCUAACGGGAGGAGGGCAAGCUGUGUAAUGCUGAACAAGGGAAAGCAUAUUGUAGAAGCAGUCUCCACUCUUGAUACCAUUCUAAACAGCCAAUGUGCAAGGGCCAAAACUGAACUGAAGCCUCUUAUACUGUCCUCAUGUGUAAACUAGCCGAUAACCUUUUGAUGGGUUAAAAUCAUCGCUCGUUCGGCUUAUGUUCGUCUAGUCAGAGUUAAAAUCCUUUUCCAAGACUUACAAAUUUUUUUCAGAUGCAAGUUUGGCAUAUGUAUCAUGUGUGUUUCUCCAUGUACAGUUAGUGUGGUUACAAUUAAGUUCCCCUUUUCCAAGUCCUGCAAAUUUAUUUUUUUAUCUUUAAAAAA